GGCGGACUGCGGUCGCAAAGAUCAGUUUCCACCUCGCCUUGGUUGGGGUUGUACGUGGCUGUGGUGUACCUGUGACUCUAGUGUGGUAUAGUACUGUGGUCUCGUGGGACGGUGGGGGUAACUACGCUAUACUGUCAGUGCCUCGAUUUCCCACUUCGAAUACAUCAUUUUUUUUAAGUGACUGAUGAGUGUCGUGUUACAUUCUGCAUCACAACGGUAAUUUGUGUUCAUACCCUUCUGAAUUGAUGCCCAUGUGAGAAUUCAUGUUUAAGAAUUCGCCGAAACCGCAAUGAAUGAACUUUUAGGCCUAUACGGGUACGGCAAAGUGGACAGCCGAGACACCCUGGGCCUGUCUCUCCACCGCUUCACAACCGCCCACAGCUCUCCACCGCCUCACCCACCACCCACCGCUACCCUCAACACUAGCAGCAGCAGCCCGCUACCCCCCAAUAGUCAGAGCCCUAGCAGACAGCCUCCACACAGCAGUCCUCCUCUGUCAGCUAGUCACAGCCCGCAGCACCAGCAUGCUUCGUCAGAUCAUGAACACGAAGGUGAUUCCUUAGACUCAGACGACAUGCCGGUUUCAGGGCAGCUGGAACACGGCUUCAGGAGUGUCAGUCCUAGCAAGACUGACCAAGGCUCCGGCUCCUCAAGAGGCAGUACUCCUAAGUCAGACAGCGGAGGCGUGGUGGUGGGCGGCGGCGUGGGUGGGUCAGGGCUGGUGCUGUGCUCAUGGUGUGGGCGUGUGUGCACCAGCGGAGGUCAGAGGGGCGGCAGCGCCUUCCAGCUGCCCACGACGGGAGGAGACAGACACUUCUGCUCCGAGGUGUGCUUCACACAGUGCCGUCGAGCGUCCUUCAAGAAGAGCAAGGUGUGUGACUGGUGCCGGCAUGUCCGUCCCACCGUCACAUAUGUCGACUUUACUGACGGAGAUCACCAGUUGCAGUUCUGUAGCGACAAGUGCCUCAAUCAGUACAAGAUGCAGAUAUUCUGUCGGGAGACCGAAGCUCACCUCCAGAUGCACCCUCACCUCAACGACCUCAAGCCGGCCUCCAACAGCGGUCUCAUCACUCCGGACCUGUGGCUGAGAGACUGUGGAGGUGCUGGAGGACAGAGUAACGAAGUGGACUCAUUGCCGGAGGGCGAAGUCAAAGUGGACUCUCCACAGUCUCCGCCAGCCCCAGCCACACCCCCACCGCCCUCACCAGACCCAGCAGAACCUGUGAACCUGACUACUACCCAGUCCUCUGCCAGGAGUGAGGCACGAGCCUCACCAUCCCUCACUAGGGGGUCACCAGUCACAGUCCGUCAGGUUUUAUCACGAUCGGCAGAAACCAAAAGUCCAGGUCCGCUGCCUCAUACGCCCCGCUAUGGUCGCCCUCGACUCCGAGAUCGUCGGGAAGGAAUACGGGAGCUGGGGAGACCCCGAACAGUCCGAGCAUCACUCCAGCUCGCUCGCGGCCUGCAUUCUGAUGCCGACAAGACCGAUGAACCACUUCGGAUGCCAACCAUUCGUGUGAGGCAGCUAGAAUCUCAGCAACAACAGGAUAUGACCCCCGGCGAGAGGGAGCUGGCCAGCAGCAAUGAGGUGGGUGCUGAGAACAACAGAGCUGCCUCUCCUCACCCAUCAGUUCAGCCUCCAAGUCUGCCACUAGGUGGGCUGGGCAGUCUCCUGCCCAUGGUAGGUGGGGCACAGCUUCUCCUCCCCCAUAUGCUUCCCCAUGAUCUUCCCCGGACACCUCUGCUGCCCCACCUACUGCUUCAACGUCCUGAGUUGUUGCGUCCACCACCACUGCGGCACCCACUGCUGCACGGCCCUCCUGCACCAGCACCACCCACGCCUGCACCACCCACAUCUCUCCCUCCACCACCACCAGGCCCACCCAAAACACCUGGAUCAUUAUUACCUCCUGUAACUGUUCUUCUGCCCUGCCCUCUGCCCAUCCCAAUCCCCAUCCCUAUUCCAGUCCCCAUUCCCAUCCCAUUCAUUCCCCGCAAUGACACACCUGAGGCUCGCCAACCUCCGCAGAAAGAGAUGUCGGGGAGACAACGGACGACUCCACGUAAAGAAGCCUGUCGUACUGGAUCAGUGAUCAAUGGUCCCAUGGCUGCUGCAACCAGUUCAGGACCAGCACCUCAGCCUUGUCCAAUUCCUGUAGCACCACCGCCACCACCCACAUCCUCUUCCUCCAGCGAUGGUGAGAGAAGCACGCAUCCAAGACCAGACAGAGAACGUCGAAGCAUUUUGCGAUACACGUCUGAUGUUUACGAAAUCAAUGGUAUGUUCGUCCCUCGGGAUUCCACAUGGGAUUCGCCUGAACCACUACACCUGCGUCGUGCCCUUGUUGGAGACACUAGUCAAGAGUCCACUUACAGCCACCACCAUGAGUUUGACUCCCGUGAUAUAUCUCGAAGUCCCUCUCCUGACCUUGGUGAAGACAACAAGGAUGCCCUGGCCAACCUAACGAAGAAAAGAGAAGAGGAAACAAGUACCGUCAAGAGGUUGCUCGGAGACGAUGAUGAAGAGGAGGAAGAGAGCAAGUCAGUAGAAGUUUCAGAGACAGAGAGUUCCCCAGCCUCCACAGCCACUACCACAACAAAAGCUACCAGGAAGCGCCAUACUGCUGGGGACCACCCUCAACCUCUGCCUAAGAAAAAACACCUGUUAGUGUGACCCCGGCCAGUUCAUCAAGCAUCAGUGGGCUAAACAUCUACGCACAACUGAAGUACAUAAGUAGCAUGACAAAGAAGACAAGUGACCAUGACAAACAAAUAAUUUAAGCUCCUGAGGUUCACUUGGUACUACUGGGUGAAGCAUUGUGACUUGAUACAUUAGGGACUGUUUAACAAACCUUAAUUAUUGACAGGAACACUUGAAGAUUCAACUUAUUUUGAAUGAUCAUAUAUGAUCUUGCACUGAAUGACCCAGAAAGGUUUAGCACUUACCAUAAAUAAUAAUAAUAAUAAUAAUGAUAAUAAUAAUAAUAAUAAUAAUACAAAAAUUCUUUAGGAUACCUGUAAGGGUAUCAACCAAUUAAUUAGGAAACACUACUAUGUAGUGAGCCUUUGUUUUUCUGUUGGUGUGUGGUGCCUAGCUGGGGUAAACCAGUGGAUGGCUCACCACUGAACAAGUCAUCUUAUUAAGACCCGUGUAAGGAAACACUGUUUCCUUAAAAAUCAUUCUUCAUUAGUAGCCUUAGUGAAUUGUGUCAAUAUUAUAAUAACUUUUAUAGCAUAUAAUUCACAUUAAUUUAUCCACAUGCUGAAAAAUUCAAAUGUC